AAACAGAAGAAGUACGUUCUGUGCGCGAGCGACAGCAGAAGAACUAAUCCGUCAUGAGCCAGGGGCAGCCGAGGAGGCCCGAGGGCGAUGCGGCCCUGCAGCAGCAAGACCGACCAAUCAAGUACGGCGACGUGUUCGACGUCUCCGGCGACCUGGCGGCGCAGCCCGUGGCGCCCAGGGACGCCGCGCUGCUGCAGUCCGCCGAGGACACCGUGCAGGGGCUGGGACAGACCCAGAAGGGCGGUCCCGCGGCGGUCAUGCAGUCCGCCGCCACCCUCAACGCGCGCGCCGGCCACGUGGGCCGCGCCCAGCUCUCCGGCCCAGUCGCCGACGCGGGGGUCGCCGUCACGGAGACCGAGUUCCCGAGCCACCGCGUCGUCACCGAGUCCGUCGCGGGCCAGGUCGUGGGACGGUUCGUCGCGCCCCCGCCCGUGGCGGCCAAGGAGCCGUCGGGCGCGCUGGAGCAGGACGCCGUGACCAUCGGCCGCGCGCUGGAGGCCGCGGCGGCGGCCGGCGCGGGCGGAAAGGUGGUGGACCAGAGCGACGCGGCGGCCGUCCAGGCCGCCGAGAUGCGCGCCACGGGGAAGAACCUCACCGUCCCGGGCGGCGUCGCCGCGGCAGCCCAAGCGGCUGCGGACCAGAACGAGCGUAUCAUGCGCGAGGAGGACAAGGUCAAGCUCCGGGAUGUCCUCUCGGAUGCGAGGAGCAAGCUGCCGGCGGACAAGGGAGCGACAAGGGAGGACGCCGAGAGGGUCGUGUCGGCGGAGAUAAGGAACAAGCUGAACAUGGCGACAACCCCAGGCGGCGUGGCGGACGCGGUGACCACGGCGGCGCGGCUCAACCAGGAGCGCCCGUAGGCGUAGACGCGUAGCGCCCUCUCUCUAUCUAGAGCUGCACAGCGAGCGAACGUCUGAGGGAGCAGAGCACGCAGCGGUUCUCUCGGUUUGUACGAAUAAAAUGGUGUCUACCCGUCUAGUCGUCUCUUCUCUGUAAUAUACGUGAAACCAGCAGUGGAAGCAAUAACACGAGUGUUUUAGGCCAAGUUCA